CCAAUGUCGAACGAGCCCAAUGUGCCGUGUCCACGCGGGGCUCUCGGCCAAUGAAAAAGUGAGAAAGAGUAAAAAGGAGUGGGGGCACGAGGAGAGGAAGGGAGGGGGUGAGAUGUUUUUAGAGAGCGUGACACACAGAGGGAGAGGGAGGGGAGAGACAUCCCUGAUACACACCGACUUACAGGCGGUUAGCGGGACACACAAAAAGAGAACAGGGAAAAAAGCUGGUCACAUUUCUCAGGCACCUGAAAACGUGCGGGUUAUUUUAGGACUCGUGUUGCUUAUUGAUGAGUGGGGAGUGUUUAAACUACUUCCACUCUCUGUUCAUGUUUUGGUGGUGACUGUACAUGGCAAGCAGCUGAACGCGUUUGGAUCUCUCUCAUUUAGAAAAACACUUUACAGUAAUAUCUUAGCACAGCCUGGUAUCAAGGGGUGCACACAGAAAGCCAAUCUGAGUGCUGUCUUUUGACCUCGGAAAUCAUUUGUAACAAUUAGAGAUUUGCUCAUUUCUCUGAGCAUUUGGAUACAUUCUUUAUGAAUUGGCCUCUUUUUACUCGUUCAUCUUUAUCCACGAAAACUCCUCGGUAGAAACCAAAGGCAUUAGACCACCACAAUUAGCAGCACGGAAUUGAACAACACCGACAUAGGAAACAUGGAACACAGUCCUGGUGGUGUUAUCUUGUACGCUGGCUCCUCCGGCAGUGCCAGCCCGAGUCCUGGCAGCCCCUCCAGUGGAUACCAGACCCAGUCGCCCUCAUCCCACUCGCAGCCUUCCUCCCCAGAGACGGUCUCUUUCCAGGAGAUUGGGCCCCUUAAGCAGCGAGGGGAACGAAGGGGAGGGACCCCUUCCCCGAAAUUGGUCUUCCAGUUUCCAGAAGUAAACAACGCUCCAGUGGCCCAAGUAUCAACAGUAUCGUCGGCAACCUUCAGCCAUCCCACAGUGGCCAAAAGACCUUGUGGUUUCACUGGAACAUUCACCAAGACUGGAGGUAUGGUGCUUCUGUGUAAGGUGUGUGGGGACAUCGCAUCUGGGUUCCAUUAUGGUGUGCACGCCUGUGAAGGCUGCAAGGGUUUUUUCAGACGCAGCAUUCAGCAGAAUAUCCACUACAAGAUGUGUGUGAAGAAUGAAAACUGUCUCAUCAUGCGCAUGAACAGAAACCGGUGCCAGCACUGCCGCUUUAAGAAGUGUCUCUCCGUGGGCAUGUCCAGAGAUGCUGUGCGUUUUGGGCGUAUUCCCAAGCGGGAGAAGCAGAGACUGUUGGAUGAGAUGCAGAGCUACAUGAACAGCCUCAACGAAUCCGCUUCCAUGGAGAUGGAGGUAUCGCCUCCCACCGACGCCCCCUGCAGUCCCCAGACCCAGACGAGCGAAGAAGCGGCCUCCAUAUCUUACCUCAGAGAUGAGAAACCAAUCAAGAUGGCUGCCGGCAACAUUGGCACUUCCUCAUUCCGAAACAAUUCAGCGCAGAAGCCUUCCCUGUCGAACUCGGGGACUCAGACCCACCACACGGUCCACGGGGAGCAGGCCAGCUACCUCGUCCCAACAAGCUGCCCUGUCUCCUCCACCAACAACGAAAACUCCACUAUGGUCGACAACGCCAAGUACAACUUCUCUUCCAAUCAGAAUCAGUGCCCUGUCAGUGGUCGCCUAGCAUCUCAAUCCUACUCAGCCAAUCAGAACAGUUACUCAGCCGGUGAUUUCCAGAAGCAAAGUGCCUGCCCCUGGAAACUAAGCGGAGGAGCCAAAGUGCUGGCAUGUCCCCUUAAUUCCUGUCCCGUGGCUCCGGCCAGUCGCUCCAGUCAGGAGGUGUGGGAGUCUUUCUCCCAGUGCUUCACCCCUGCUGUUAAAGAAGUGGUGGAGUUUGCAAAGAGCAUCCCAGGCUUCCAGUCCCUCAGCCAGCAUGAUCAGGUCAUGCUGCUCAAAUCCGGCACUUUCCAGGUUCUGAUGGUGAGAUUCAGCUCACUGUUUGACCCCAAGCAGAGGACGGUGACCUUCCUCAACGGGCAGACAUACUCACUGGCUUCACUGAGGGCUCUGGGCAUGGGCCCAUUACUGGAAGCCAUGUUUGAUUUCAGCGAGAAGCUUGCAUCUUUGGGUCUGGAGCCGGACGAGAUGGCUCUUUUCAUGGCUGUCGUGCUGGUUUCUGCCGAUCGAUCCGGCAUAGUGGAGGUUGGAGCUCUGGAGCUGUUGCAGGAGAAUCUAAUAAAAGCUCUGCGCUCUCUCAUCUCCAGUCGCCGUCCAGAUGAUAGCACCCUCUUCCAAAAGUUGCUGCUGCGUCUGCCAGACCUGCGCACCCUGAACAACCACCACUCCGACAAGCUUCUAGCUUUCCGCAUUGAUCCUUGAACUAAAAAAAAACGCUCAAACUUCCUGAGGUAUCAGCUUUGGGGGGCCUCCCUGCUCCCCAUGCCAGCCUGGCCUGCCACAUACAGUACACUGGACUCUGCAUGAUGGCCAGUUGCUGUGCCAAGUCUCUCAACAUAAGAGAGUGAAAAUAUCAGUGAUGGAUGAAGGCACGGCAGGAAGUGAAGGCUCCUGAACUCAAACUGAUUCUUCCUCCUACCCAGGAUUGCUAAAAAAAAAAAACGUACAACAUGGCUUUAUUCUUCCUUGGGUUCAACAUCCAACCACAAAGUCAUCACCUGUCCCUCGGGGGGGUUUGUGCUGAAGACCAAAAAGAAGAGAGCGCUUGGUGUUCCCCACUAAACUUUGUCCUCCUAUUCCAGCUCACAAAGCUACAUGAGGGAAGCACAAACUCUUGCCAAGAGAAAAACUCACAUGUACAUUCACUAACAAUGAUUUAUUUCUGUACAUUCAUGCUACAAUGUGUAAAGGGCACUUUACAUACAGACCUCGUAGAUCAAUAUAUAACAAUAUAUAGCAAUAGAAAAGUUUAAUACACAGGUGGGAGGAAGAUUUGUGUCUGCCCUGUUGAAAUGAUAUAAGCUAUUUUCACAACAUUUCACCAUGUAAGGAAUCUUUAUAAAAUCACCCAUUUGUGAUUGAGAAUUGUAUAACAUUUUUAAGAAAUGAGAAUAAAUUGCAUUGUAUUUGUAUGCAGGUAAUCAUGGAGGGAUUAUAGGUCAUUUUAUAGACCAUGUCUGGUGGGAUAUACAGUAUGUUUUCUUGUACAUUUUGUAUAUAACCUUUAUUCCUGUUCCAUGUAGGUUUGCAAAUAUGUAAAUUAAGUUAGCAUUGGAUUAUUGUAUGUAUAUCACAAAUAAUAGAUUGGAGUAUAAACUUUUUAUUUGAAGAUAUAUCAUUGAAAUAAAUGUAUUAUCAAGUGACUGCAUCUCCUUGUGAAUGUUUUACACCAUACAGCAAAGUACCAUUAUUAAAUAUGAUAUAGCA